AUGAACCCCAAUCAAACCAACCAAGAUGGGAUGGCUGCACCAGCUGAUUCCAACAUAAACCGCUCUUUAGGCCUCCAAUACUGGAAUGAUGUACCCGCGACCGUUGGUGGCAUGACCGGGGGGUUUCCGGUGUCGCGCAUUGACCUGCGAGGAUCUAAGAGCUUUCUCACGAAGGUUCGUCGACUACGAGGGAACGACGUCGAAAAAAAGCUUCGGCUUGGGGUCGACUGCGGCGCGGGGAUCGGACGCGUGACGAACGGGGUUCUCAGCCAAGUGUGCGAGGUUGUCGACGCCGUUGAGCCGGUAGAGAAAUUUGCUCAGGUUCUACGCGAUACACGACUGAACUCAAACGGUGUUGGUGGAGACAUCUACAAUGUUGGUUUGGAGGAUUGGCAUCCAGAGAAACGAUACGAUCUGAUCUGGGUGCAGUGGUGUGUCGGGCAUCUGACAGAUCGGCAGUUGGUCGAGUUUAUGAUACGAUGUCGAGACUGUUUGACUGAAGAUGGGCUUGUCGUUUUCAAAGAGAAUAAUACAAGUAAGGGAUUUGUUGAGGAUAUCUACGAUGAGGAGGAUAGCGCGGUAACGAGAACGCAUGAGAAGUUCUUGACGCUGUUCGCGGAGGCAGGGAUGGACUUGAUUGCGACGGAACUUCAGUCGGGUUUUCCGAAACGAUUGGAACUCUUGCCGGUUCGAUUUUACGCUUUACGACCUAUGAGUUAA